AUGUGUGACUUCACACAAUACGUCUAUCUGAAUCGAGAGGCGUCCGAUCCGGAAUCAAUUUUGCAGACUCAGCCAAGCGAUUUAUUGAGUUUCGGAUGUAAGAUGGUAUCUCAAUUAACUGGAAUCAUGGUGUCCAUAGCGUCAAAUGCUCAGAAAGCUCAACGGAGCGCGCUGUCGUCUUACGGUAAUCAAACCGAGAGGACCGGAGCCUGGCUGCAUCUACCGGGAGAUAUAACUUUGACCGAAACUAUUUACAUACUACGGUUCAGACCAAAAAUCGCUUAA